CAAGUACAAAACCAUGAGCAGCCUGAUGCUUGCCGAUGACCAGCCACCACACAAUGUCGAUGACAGCAGUUUCCAAUCACAGCACGCGCAAGAAGCCAGUAUGAAGCAAAGUACUGGAUGGAUGCCAGAGGGCCCCAGCCAGCAGUAUCCGACAAGGGAGGACAGCGUUUCACUGUCUGACAGCGUGAAGGAGCCCUCAGGCGACAGCGACUACAGGCAGCCGAAGCAUCAGCAGUCUGCUGACAGCGACUUCAGCGAUGACAGCACAUCAGCGCGCAACAGGAAGCGGAAGAGACUUAUAGAGGAGCGGGAGCGCCCAGACAAUGACAUGACCCGGAAGCUACGGCCGCUUCAGGGCGAGGACGAUGCGGAUAUCGAUGCGGCCAAAGAGGAUGAUGCGCAUGCAUCUGAUCUGGACGAUAUGCAGGAUGGGCCAACAGUGCUGGCGAGGAGUGUGCCCAAGGAGCAGGAGGACACAGAGCGGCGGCAGCUGCACAAGUCGUGGGAGAUGGCCGCUAUACUGGACUUUCUAGACCUGUUCCGGGAGGACCUGAAGCUCGACAGAGCCUUCACCGCACACGAGCUGGAGUCUGUCCUCAUCCUGUCCCCUGGCGGCGAAGGGCUGCUCGGCGCUGUGCACACGGCGCUGCUGAAAGGCAUCAGCACGCGAUCUGACAUCACGCCCGCCAACUGGACCAUGUAUCUGUCGGAGCGGCUCAAGCAGAUGUGGCGCACAGGCGGCGAGCCCUGGCCGCCGCCGUUCGCUCCCCGGAGGGGCCAUGAGGCGAUGGAGUACUCUGUGCUGCCAACAGUGGACAGGGUGCAGGCGCUCAAGGCGCUGUGUGAGGCGAGGCUGGACAGGGACGAUCUGAGGAAUAAGGUGGAGGAUGCGAUCCGGCCGAGCAAAGAGACGCGCGCGGCCGCCAAGGCCACCGGCGUGCUGCCGUCGGUUGAUGACUUCCGCCGGCAGCCGCUGGGCGCCGACAGCAGCGGCCUGGAGUACCAUUACUUUGAGCUGCGCCUCUCCAGCGAAGGUGAGGGGCGGAUGUACAGGGAGACGCCGGCCGACCUGGUGCCCAAGGCCAAGGCGACAAAGGCGCGGGGCGUGCGCGCGCAGCCGCCGCUGCCGGGCGUGUGGGAGCUGCUGGGAAGCUCCGUGGAGGAGCUGACGGAGCUGGGCCAGAAGCUGCAGCGCAGCAAGAAGAAGCCCGAUCGGCUUCUGGCCUCCAGGAUAUUGGACGAGAUAGUGCCGGACCUGGUUGUGAAGCGGGAGGAGGAGGAGAAGCGGGUGAGGGUGAGUCAGCGGCUGCAGCGCCAGAUGGGCAACGUGCUUCGGGACCCAGAGGGGGGCUUUGGCAGAGCUAGGAGGGAGCGAAAGGCUGUAGACUACACAGGCAACUCCUACGACUCUCUGAUCCGCGCAGCCAUCCGCGGCACGUCCUCGCGCCACGAGGCCGGCGGCGGCUCCCGCCGCAGCGCAGCCCAGGACGAGCCCAUGGUGCUGUCGGCCGCGGAGGCUGCCAUGAUGGGAAUGCGGCGGGGGAGAUCCGCGCACACGGUGACGGCCAUGCCUGAGGAUUACGGCGUUGCCAUCGAGUGGCGGCGCGGCCGAUUCAACGGCCAUGGGAAUGCGUCGAGCGCCGAUGGGGUCGCCGAUGCGAACGGCGCGUCAGCCGCACCCUCCGUCGACCCCUCACGCUCGCCCUCGGCAGAGCCCGGCGCCUGGGAAGAACGGGAGAACGAUGAGGACGCAGACUUGCACGGUGCGAACGGUCACAUUGGCGCUGAAGCAACCCCAGAGGACCUGACCCCCGAGUUUCAGGAGGAGGAGCCGCAUGUGACAAAGCACCCAGAUUCUGUCUGGCGCCAAGCCCAGGCUGACCAAUAUGAGGAGGAAGACGAGGAUCCAUAUGUGCGAGAAGACGAUCCUCUCCCAACUUGGAAAGCCACAAGCCGCAGAUCUCGGCCUUGA